UAUCCGGUUGACAGGUGAUGCUCUGUUUUUCAGACAGCGGAUGUGCUCGUGCGAGCCUCGUAUAAACUCGCCAUGGAACCGGAGGGAGACAACCGGCUCCUUCAAGACGUGCUGACAAGAGCGGACAACGAGACGUGCGCGGACUGCGGUAACCCAGAGCCGGACUGGGCAUCACUGACUCUGGGUGUGUUUGUUUGUCAGGCCUGCUCGCUUCUUCACCGCAGCAUCCCCCAUAUCAGCAGAGUCAAGUCGGUUCAAGACACGUGGGAUGCGAGUGAUGUGGAGUUAAUGGCUGCAAUGGGAAACAAUGUAGCUAAGGCCAAAUAUGAGCAAAAGGUUCCCGCUUUCUACUACAGACCAAAACACACUGACUGCAAGCUUCUUAGAGAGCAGUGGAUCAGAGCCAAGUACGAGAGGAAUGAAUUUGAGUUCAUUGAGAAGCAGGAACCUUACUCCGCAGGAUACCGUGAAGGGUUUCUAUGGAAACGAGGAAGGGACAACGGUCAGUUCUUCAGCCGAAAGUUCAUCCUGUCCGAGAGGGAGGGGGCUCUCAAAUACUUCAACAAGCAUGAUGCCAGGGAUCCUAAGGCAGUUAUGAAAAUUGAAACCCUCAACGCUACCUUCCAACCAGCCAAGAUUGGCAACCCGUGCGGCCUGCAGAUCAACUACCUGAAAGACAACAGCACAAGGAACAUCUUUGUCUACCACAGUGAUGCUAAGGAAAUGGUAGACUGGUUCAAUGCAAUCCGAGCGGCCAGGUUCCACUAUCUACAAGUGGCCUACCCUGGAGCGAGUGAUGAAGAGCUGGUGCCCAAAUUGACCCGAAACUUCAUGAGGGAAGGUUUCAUGGAGAAAACAGGUCCAAAGCACACAGAGGGUUUCAAGAAGAGGUGGUUCACAAUGGACGACAGAAGACUGAUGUAUUUCAAAGACCCGCUGGACGCCUACGCCCGCGGCGAAGUAUUCAUCGGCAGUAAGGAGAACAGUUACACCGUCCUGCCUGGUGCACCGACCAUUCAAGGUUACCACUGGAACCAUGGCAUCACCAUCGUCACGCCUGACAGGAAGUUCCUGUUUGCCUGCGAGACUGAGGCUGAGCAACGAGACUGGAUCGCAGCCUUUCAGAGGGUCAUCAAUCGCCCGAUGAGGCCGCAGGAAUACGCAGUGGAGGCUCAUUUCAAACACAAACCCUGAAGCCUUAGGGAAAGCACGACUCAGCUGGAGUGGCUCGGUCUCGUUCGGAGCCCCCAAGUGUGACCGCGGAUCUUCGUUUGGUGUGAUGGGUUGAGAGAAGGUGUUUUUUCUUGACCACAAUGAAAAUAGACGCUGAAGAAUAAGAGUUAGUAGUGAAUCCAUAAUGAGGGACUGGAGGCUCUAAGGUGUGGAUGAUGUCAUCACUUCUGUGGCCAAUGUUGACAGCCACAUUAUUUUAUAAAGCGAUCAUCACACUGGUUGAUUCACCACAAUGCAAUGUUAAUUUAUUGAAUGUACAGUGUGUGUGUGUGCGUGUGUGUGUGUGUGUGUUUCUAUAUGUGUGCGUCUGUGACGUGCAGUGAGGUUCAUGACUGGUGAGCCGCUGACUCCUUUAAAGUUUUUAUUUAUUAAUUUAUUUAAAUAGUUUUGUGCUCUAAUUAAUUUUAAUAACAAGAAACGACGAGCCACCUUCCAACGCUCAUGUCACGGCGUGCGCCUCGACGUAUGACAUUUCCCUGCAGUUUGUUGUCCAAUUAGCAAGCAUAAUGAUGGAACGCUUUCAUUAACGGCUAUAGAAAGGCAUGGUGUACUGUACUGUAUAAUACGUCAGCUAACAUUGUAUUGUUGGCCACAUGCUGACAGACAGAACACCUGCCAUACAACCCACUUUAUGAAAGAUUGCGCAAUCAGAGAGUAGGCUUGGCAUGCACUGCCUCAUCCUGCCCUGUGUGUAUUUGAUAGGGGGAAGUGCAAAUGUAAUGUCCAAAAAGAAAAUACAUGUAUAACAGUUCAAUGAACAAAUGUUGGUUUUAUGUUAUCAUUAGUCGUUGUUUACGAUUAUUUGACAGAGCCUUGCCUCCCUCUGUGCAGUAUGAAUUACUGAUAGUACUGUUAACCACAAUUAUGCAUUAAGAGCACACCAACUUUCAGUGAUCAUUUGCUCUUAAUCCAGCUUCAGGUGGUUGAUAUUGAUAUUUGUAUCCAGACAGUUCCUCAAGCAUACUGUAUAUAUGACAGCUAUUGCCUUCUUUAUUUGUUCUGUUAAACUGUUGCUGUCAUUGUUAAAAAAAAAGGUCAUCGCUGCUCCAAAAAAACUGUGAUGUAAUCGGACUGUCAUUUUCUGAGGGUUAGUUGUUUAGAUUUUUUUUUUAAGUUGUUGAUCAUUCAUCAUUGUUUGUUUGACUAUAAAAAGCCAAUACAGUUUCAUUUCUAUUUGUUGUGUCUUCUGUGUGCACUCUCUAUAUUUGAAUUAUCUUAGUUUAGUAAUUGCUGAGGCUAUGAUGUUCAGGAGAAGUGUGCUUUUGUCAAGUUGAUGGAUUUUGCUUAAAACAGCUACACGAAUGAGAAGAUACAAACAUCACAAUAUCAUAAGACUAGUUCAUUAGUGCAGUAGCACCCAUUCUAGCAACAUGCCUGUUCCGCAACCACCUUGAGGGCAUCGCACGUGUAUGGAAAAUAAAUUACAACUUGCUCAUUUUUCGACUGAUUUCCCUGUGAUUUAUUUUGUCAAC